ACUGCUGACGACAUCGGAGGUGUUUUUGAAUACAAGUAAAAGAAAAUCAAAUCUGUGAAAAUCUAUAAACUGUGUUUUGCUUACCGGAAACCGCAAGAUGAAGCUUUAUUUGGGAUUAUGUCUGGUGGCGCUUGCGGCCGGCAUUGUGGUGGCUGAUGAAAGCAAAGGACCCAAAGUAACCGAUAAGGUUUUCUUUGACAUCACCAUUGGUGGUGAACCUGCUGGACGCAUUGAGAUCGGUCUUUUCGGCAAAACAGUGGAGAAAACCGCCCGCAAUUUCAAAGAAUUAGCUGAAAAGCCAGAAGGCGAAGGCUACAAGGGCAGCAAAUUCCAUCGCUUCAUUAAGGACUUCAUGAUCCAAGGUGGUGAUUUCACCAAAGGUGAUGGCACUGGCGGUCGCUCCAUCUACGGUGAACGUUUCCCCGAUGAGAACUUCAAGCUGAAGCAUUAUGGUGCUGGUUGGUUGAGCAUGGCCAAUGCUGGCAAGGACACCAAUGGUUCACAGUUCUUCAUUACCACCAAACCAACUUCCUUGUUGGAUGGACGUCACGUCGUUUUCGGUAAAGUUUUAUCCGGCUCGAAGGACCAUUUAGUUACGAGUACCUCUAGUAUACUUACUUGUCGUAGUAUACUUAUGAGCUUGCUGGAAAUACGUUAA